CACCAUGGCAAACAGCUUACCCAUUCAGAGUUCGCACUCCUUUUCCUGUGUGAUUCCUGGUGGCCCUCGGUUUCGUCACGGACCUAUGAGCCCCCCCACUUCCCCUCCUCAAACAUGGGGGCGUCGGGGGCAACGCCUCCACAGGUCUCAUCUCUCCAGGAGUAUCAGUUCCGGUUCAGGUUCCUGGUAAUGAUCACCAGGAGCUGAGUCAGUACUGGUCCAGACUACAGUGAACAGAACAAAAACCACUACAGAACCGGACCUGACCCAGUACUGAACAGAACCACUACAGAACCGGACCUGACCCAGUACUGAACAAAAACCACUACAGAACAGGAGAGGGGGAGCUACCAGAGUCAUGUUUCUACAGACUAGCCAAUGACAAUCAGAGGCUUUCAGACUCCAGCCAAUGACAAUCAAGCAAGAAUAACACGGAACUGAAACCAACCAAUGAGAGUCAAGGGAUUUCAAACUCCAGCCAAUGACAAUGAAGACCAAAUAGAUUCUAGCCAAUCACAAUCAAACUGGAACAACACUGAACUCAAACCAGCCAAUGACAAUCGUGUCUCUGUAGACUCUAGCCAAUGACAAUCGAGUCUCUGUAGCAUCUAGCCAAUGACAAUCAAGUGUCUGUAGACUCUAGCCAAUAACAAUCAAGUCUCUGUAGAGUCUAGCCAAUGACAAUCAAGUCUAUGUAGACUCUAGCCAAUGACAAUCAAGUGUCUGUAGUGUCUAGCCAAUGACAAUCAAGUCUCUGUGACGUCUAGCCAAUGACAAUCAAGUCUCUGUAGAUUCUAGCCAAUGACAAUCAAGUGUCUGUAGACUCUAGCCAAUUACAAUCAAGUCUCUGUGGCGUCUAGCUAAUGACAAUCAAGUCUCUGUGACGUCUCGCCAAUGACAAUCAAGUGUCUGUAGACUCUAGCCAAUGACAAUCAAGUCUCUGUGGCGUCUAGCCAAUGACAAUCAAGUCUCUGUAGAUUCUAGCCAAUGACAAUCAAGUGUCUGUAGACUCUAGCCAAUUACAAUCAAGUCUCUGUGGCGUCUAGCUAAUGACAAUCGAGUCUCUGUAGUCUCUAGCCAAUGACAAUCGAGUCUCUGUAGUCUCUAGCCAAUUACAAUCAAGUCUCUGUAGAGUCUAGCCAAUGACAAUCAAGUGUCUGUAGACUCUAGCCAAUUACAAUCAAGUCUCUGUAGAGUCUAGCCAAUGACAAUCAAGUCUAUGUAGACUCUAGCCAAUGACAAUCGAGUCUCUGUAGACUCUAGCCAAUGACAAUCAAGUCUCUGUAGACUCUAGCCAAUUACAAUCAAGUCUCUGUAGACUCUAGCCAAUUACAAUCAAGUCUCUGUAGAGUCUAGCCAAUGACAAUCAAGUCUAUGUAGACUCUAGCCAAUGACAAUCGAGUCUCUGUAGUCUCUAGCCAAUGACAAUCAAGUGUCUGUAGACUCUAGCCAAUUACAAUCAAGUCUCUGUAGAGUCUAGCCAAUGACAAUCAAGUCUCUGUAGACUCUAGCCAAUGACAAUCAAGUCUCUGUAGACUCUAGCCAAUGACAGUGGAGUCUCUGUAGCGUCUAGCCAAUCACAGUGGAGUCUCUAUGACUCUGUUUUGAGCAGGUUAUAUUCGCAGGGUCGGGUCGAGGCGCUGGUUAUGUGUAAAGGAGCACUUCGCUGUUCCUUG